AGUAUAAAUAAUUUAUAUCAAACAACCAAAAUGAAAUUCACUUCAACUCAAAUCAUCAAAAUCGACCAACAGAUUGAGAAAUUAUACGACUUGACUCUUCCAAAUAGUGCUUUUAAGAGAGUCAUCCCAACCAAGAUCAUGAAUGAGAUGAGAGAGCUCUACAUUGCCGGUCUUCAGAAGAAGAAAGAACAGAUUGAACAACAAAAUCAGGACAUCCCAACUUCCCGAUCCGAAUCAACCCAUAUUGUAAAGAUUAAUAUUGCUGAUCUCAGAAAAGCUGGAUACUGCUGUUGCCCAGAAGAAUUAGCUCUCCAAUGUGAAGCACUUCUCAAGAAUCAAGAAGUACCAAUCACAUCAGAAAACACUGAAGAAAUGAAUGUUCUGGUCAAGAAUGUUCAAGUCAUCGGAAAGAAUCAUACUUUUGGAACAAUAGAAGCUGAGAUUGAAUCUGAUACUGAUACCUCAGAUGAAAAGUCAAUCAAUGCCUCCUCUGCUACUUCUAAGGUCAAUGCCAUCCUUGCCAAGAAGACCUACCCAAAGAAGGAGACUAAUGAGGAGUUCUCAAAGACGAAGGCUUCUACUCAAAACAAACGUUCGACCAAAAGAAAAUAUUUCACGAAGUAUAUGAGUGAUGAAUUUAGUAAAGACACUAAGCCUGUUAACAUGACUAUGAUGGACUCUAAGACUCAGGACUUAUUCAAAGCCCAGGAUUUCAAUGAGCUCGUCUCUGAUAUAACUGGCAUUAACUAAUAACACUAAUUAAUUCUAAUAUAUAACUCAUGA